AUUCACUAGCUUCACAUCCAAAAUUGACAUACCCUACGUUUGUGAUUUUGUGACUAUAGAUUUUCCUAUUCUUCGGCUGUCGCAAUGGACACGGUGACGAGUUUGGGGGCCGAAAAGCCGGUGGUGAUAUUCAGCAAAAGCAACUGUUGCAUUAGCCACAGCAUCAAGACACUGAUGUGCAGUUUUGGUGCGAACCCAACGGUUUACGAGCUCGACGAGCUCCCAAACGGGCAGCAGCUGGAGAGGGAGCUGGUGGCAAUGGGGCGUCGGCCAAGUGUACCGGCUGUGUUCAUAGGGAAGGAGUUGGUGGGUGGUUCUAAUGAGGUCAUGAGCCUCCAUCUCAAGGGCAAGCUGGUCCAAUCGCUCAGAAAGGCUAAAGCUAUAUGGGUUUAGGGAGAAAACGAGAAAAAAAAAGCAACCAAAUGAA